CGAUAUCGAUUCUCCGCCCAGUACUUGGGGCCAAAUAAAAAACACGGCAGUUUCAUUCGGAUUGUGCAUUACGUUUGCCCAUAUAAUCCACUACCGUACGCGGUGUGAAUUAAACCACAUCGGGACUAGCGCAAUGCCAUAGAAUCCUCGACGGACGAGGCACAUUCACUGCAUAAACAAUUCACACGGAGUGAAGUGAAGUGGAGCCAAAGUCGCACAGGGUGUUCCCUGCCAAAAUGGGUCGUCACAACUUCAGUUCGCAGCACCAGCGAACUCAUGUGAGGCGCCACCGCAAUGCUGGCGGUGCCACAGCAAAAUCACCAAACGCAGCCAAACCUUCACCAACGAUGACGGACUACCUGUCGCUGCACUCGCGACUCGCCCAGGUGGGCCAGGAGCACCUGCUCAAGUUCUGGCCGGAGCUAACGAAUGACGAACGCAUCGACCUGGUGCGGGACAUCGAGGAGCUGAAUCUGGACGAGAUCAAGCUGUAUUUCGACCGCGCCACAGUCUCAAUGAACGAGAAUGGCAUCAAGCUGGACGAUCGCCUGCAGCCGCUGCCCGAGGGCAAGCUGAUCUCCAUUGCCAGGGCGCCGCUGGAGAAGUUGGACGCCUACCGGGAUGAGGGUCUCCUCCAGAUCAGCAACGGACAUGUCGCUGUGCUGCUUAUGGCAGGCGGACAAGGCACACGACUUGGCUUCGAUCAUCCCAAGGGAAUGUACGAUGUGGGACUGCAGUCCCGAAAGACCCUGUUCCGCAUUCAGGCCGAGAGGAUCCUGAAGCUGGAGGAGCUCGCCCAAGAGGCGAAUGGGAAACGUGGACACAUCACUUGGUACAUCAUGACGUCGGAGCACACGGUACAACCCACAUACGACUACUUUGUGGCCAACAACUUCUUUGGCCUGAAGGCGGAGAACGUGCUGCUGUUCGAGCAGGGAUCACUGCCGUGCUUUGAAUACGAUGGACGCAUCAUUCUGGACGAAAAGCAUCGGGUGGCGCGUGCGCCGGACGGCAACGGAGGAAUCUAUCGGGCUAUGAAGCGCCAGGGGAUACUGGACGAUAUGCAGAAGCGCGGUGUCUUAUAUCUGCAUGCCCAUAGCGUGGACAACAUCCUGAUCAAGGUGGCCGAUCCCGUCUUUAUCGGCUACUGCGUGCAGGAAAAGGCCGACUGCGCCGCUAAGGUGGUGGAGAAGGCGGCUCCCAACGAGGCUGUGGGCGUGGUGGCCAUUGUCGAUGGCAAAUACCAGGUGGUGGAGUACAGCGAAAUCUCGGCCAAAACAGCCGAGAUGCGCAAUUCGGACGGCAGGCUGACCUUCAGUGCUGGCAACAUAUGCAAUCACUUCUUCAGCUCGAACUUCCUGCAGAAGAUUGGCAGCACAUUCGAGCAGGAGCUGAAGCUGCACGUUGCCAAGAAGAAGAUUCCCUUCGUGGACAACGCCGGCAAGCGGCUAACCCCUGACAAGCCGAACGGCAUAAAGAUAGAGAAGUUUGUCUUUGACGUCUUCGAGUUCGCCCAGAAGUUCGUGGCCAUGGAAGUGCCACGCGACGAAGAGUUCAGCGCGCUGAAGAACUCCGAUGCAGCUGGCAAGGAUUGCCCCAGUACUGCCCGCUCGGACCUCCAUCGCCUGCACAAGAAGUAUAUCGAAGGCGCCGGUGGCAUCGUGCAUGGCGAAGUCUGCGAGAUCUCGCCCUUCGUCACCUACGCCGGCGAGAAUCUCGCCUCGCAUGUGGAGGGCAAGUCGUUCACCAGUCCCGUCUACCUGCGGGACAGCCGCGAUCCCUUGCACGGACACCUCUAAGAUGGAGGGGAUCUGCAUGGAUGCAUAGACUGAUGGACGGAUAGUAGUCGUUUCAGUUAUUUGUAAAUCUUUCGUAUAGCGUUGCUGAACGUUAUGAUUCCCCAAACUGUAGUUAGAGCACGGAAAUUCCAUAGAUUUCAGUACUUAAAGGAGACUUGUAAAAAUUUGUUACCUAUUGUGUCCGUUGAUUUAUUUUUCGUUUUUGAAAUAAUUGUGCAAUCGUAAUGUGAAUAUAUACAAUAUAUAGAACAUGUAAUGA